AUGACUGCUGGCUAUCGUCCUGGUUCACCUGGUAGACCUGGUUCCUCAAGACCUGGCUCUCCUGGCGUUCAUACAAAGGUGGAAGAAGAUUUGCACACCAUGGCUGGUAUUGAUUAUGAUAAGGUCACUAUCAAGCACAAUCCAUCUGUCGCAGUGCUCUACGAAGAAGCAUUGACACAUGAAAUGGGCACUGUCAUCUCAUCCACUGGCGCCCUAUGCUCUUACUCUGGCAAAAAGACAGGUAGAAGUCCUAAUGACAAACGUAUCGUCGAGGAGGAAGCUACUAGCAAAGACAUCUGGUGGGGGCCUGUCAAUACCAAAAUGAGCGAACGAGUCUUUUUGAUCAAUCGUGAACGUGCUAUUGACUACUUGAACACCCAUCCUCGUUUAUACGUCUUUGAUGGCUAUGCUGGUUGGGAUCCCAAGUAUCGCAAAAAGAUCAGAGUAAUUGCUUCCAGAGCUUAUCACAUCUUGUUCAUGCGCAACAUGUUGAUCAGACCCACUGAAGAAGAGUUGGAGGACUUCGGUACCCCUGAUUUUACCAUCUUCAAUGCUGGUGAAUUCCCUGCAAAUCGUUAUACCACGGGUAUGACCUCAACCACUUCCAUCUCGGUCAACUUCAAGCGUCAAGAAAUGGUGAUUCUCGGUUCUGAGUAUGCUGGUGAAAUGAAAAAGGGUGUCUUUACCGUCAUGCAUUAUUUGAUGCCCAAAGCUGGUGUUCUAUCGCUCCAUUCAUCUGCUAAUGAAGGUCCUGAUGGCGACGUUUCACUUUUCUUUGGUCUAUCUGGUACUGGCAAAACUACGCUUAGUGCAGAUCCCAAACGUCGUUUAAUUGGAGACGAUGAGCACUGCUGGAGUGAUACAGGCAUUUUUAACAUUGAGGGUGGCUGCUAUGCUAAAUGCAUUGACUUAUCUGCAGAGAAGGAGCCAGAGAUCUACAAUGCCAUUCGAUUUGGUUCUGUACUUGAGAACGUGGUCCUGAAUGAAGAUUCUCGCCAAGUGGAUUACGAAGAUGAUUUCUUGACCGAGAACACGCGCUGUGCCUAUCCCAUUGACUUUAUUCCCAAUGCAAAGAUUCCUUGCAUUGGUGGCCAUCCCAAGAACAUUAUUCUCUUGACCUGCGAUGCCUUUGGUGUGAUUCCACCUGUUUCCAAGCUGACCCCUAGCCAAGUCAUGUACCAUUUCAUCAGUGGCUACACUACCAAGGUAGCAGGUACAGAAGACGGCAUUGUAGAGCCUACACCUACAUUCAGUGCUUGCUUUGGUGCACCUUUCCUUGUCUUGCAUCCUCAAAAGUAUGCUACCAUGCUUGCUGAAAAGAUGAGCGCUCAUGCAGCUGACGCCUGGUUGAUCAAUACAGGCUGGGUGGGUAAUUCGGCCAAGAACGGAGGCAAGCGCUGUCCCCUCAAAUACACGCGUGCCAUCUUGGAUGCUAUCCAUAAGGGUACUUUGGCUCAAGGUCAAUUUGAAACUUAUGAGGUCUUUGGUCUCGCUAUUCCAACUGCUGUAGAGGGUGUUCCUGAUGAAAUCUUGCAUCCCAGAAAGGCUUGGCAAGGCGUUCCUGAUGAUUUCCAGACUUCUCUCACUAGUGUUGCUGAAAUGUUUGUAAACAACUUCAAGACGUUCCAAGAUGAAGCUAGCCCUGAAACUUGCAAUGCAGGCCCCCACAUCUAA